AUGGUGCAGAAAAAGAAAAUCUGCCCUCGGUUACUCGACUAUCUUGUGAUCGUUGGAGCCAGGCAGCCAAGUAGCGAUAGUGUUGCUCAGACUCCUGAACUGCUGCGGCGUUACCCUCUAGAAGACCACGUGGACUUUCCUCUGCCGCCUGAUGUUGUGUUCUUCUGCCAGCCAGAAGGAUGCCUGAGCGUGCGGCAAAAACGCAUGAGCUUCCGUGAUGACAAUUCCUUUGUCUUCACACUUACAGACAAGGAUACAGGUGUCAUUCGCUAUGGAAUCUGUGUCAACUUCUACCGCUCCUUCCAGAAGCGAGUACCCAAGGAGAAGGGAGAAGGCACAGGGGGGCAUCGAGCUCGGGAGGGACAGAAAAUCCCCAAACCUGGGGAUGCAUCUGCACCUCAAGAGGAAGUGGGCACUGAGAGUUCGGAGAGUGGUUCUUCACUGCAGGCUCCAAGUACAGAGUCUACCCCAGAUGUGAAUCGAUCACCGCGCAGUAAGCGUCUGGCCAAAGGCAGCCAUCGCUCUCGGAACAGCACUCUGACUUCUCUGUGCAUCCUUAGUCAUUAUCCCUUCUUUUCGACCUUUCGUGAGUGUCUGUACACCCUCAAGAGACUUGUGGACUGCUGUAGUGAGAGAUUGUUGGGCAAGAAGUUGGGGAUUCCUCGUGGGGUGCAGAGGGAUACAAUGUGGAGGAUUUUCACAGGCUCCCUCCUGGUGGAAGAAAAGUCUAGUGCGUUGCUACACGACUUGAGGGAGAUUGAGGCCUGGAUAUACCGGCUGCUCCGUUCGCCGAUGCCUGUUGCUGGUCAGAAGCGGGUGGAUGUGGAAGUCUUGCCACAUGAGUUGCAGCCAGCUUUGACCUUUGCUCUUCCUGAUCCAUCCCGCUUCACUUUGGUGGAUUUUCCAUUACAUCUGCCUUUGGAGUUGUUGGGAGUGGAUGCCUGUCUGCAGGUGCUGACCUGCAUCCUUCUGGAGCACAAGGUUGUAUUGCAGUCCCGAGAUUAUAAUGCGCUCUCAAUGUCAGUGAUGGCCUUUGUGGCUAUGAUCUACCCAUUAGAGUACAUGUUCCCAGUGAUCCCUCUGCUUCCCACCUGCAUGGCCUCUGCAGAACAGUUGCUUCUAGCUCCUACACCUUAUAUCAUUGGUGUUCCAGCAAGUUUCUUCCUUUACAAACUGGAUUUUAAAAUGCCUGAUGAUGUAUGGCUUAUUGACCUGGAUACCAAUAGGGUGAUUGUUCCCUCAAAUGCAGAAUCUUUGCCAGCACUGCCAGAACCAGAAGCUUCAGAGCUGAAAAAGCAUCUGAAACAGGCACUGGCCAGCAUGAGUCUGAAUACUCAGCCCAUUCUUAAUCUAGAGAAGUUCCACGAGGGGCAGGAGGUGCCACUGCUGCUGGGAAGACCGCAGAAUGAUUUGCAGUCUACUCCCUCCACAGAAUUCAACCCUCUGAUCUAUGGAAAUGAUGUGGACUCUGUGGAUGUGGCUACCAGGGUUGCUAUGGUGAGAUUCUUCAACUCACCAAAUGUUUUGCACGGUUUCCAGAUGCAUACUCGCACUCUUCGUCUCUUCCCACGACCAGUGGUGGCCUUCCAGGCAAAUUCUUUUCUUGCCUCUAGGCCGAAGCAAACACCUUUUGCAGAUAAGCUUUCCAGGACGCAGGCAGUAGAAUACUUUGGAGAAUGGUCACUCAACCCUACUAACUAUGCUUUCCAAAGAAUUCAUAACAACAUGUUUGACCCAGCACUGAUCGGUGACAAACCGAAGUGGUAUGCUCACCAGCUGCAGCCCAUCCACUAUCGUGUCUAUGACAGUAAUUCACAGCUGGCUGAAGCACUGAAUGUCCCAGUAGAGAAAGAAACAGACUCUGAUCCCACUGAUGACAGUGGCAGUGACAGUGUCGACUAUGACGACUCAAGUUCCUCCUACUCCUCCCUCGGUGACUUUGUCAGUGAGAUGAUGAAAUGUGACAUUAAUGGCGAUACCCCAAAUGUUGACCCCCUGACUCACGCAGCCCUUGGUGAUGCUAGUGAAGUGGAAUUUGAUGAUUUUCAAGAAUAUUCAGGGGAUCUGGAUGAACAGGCCAUGGACAGUGAAAACUCCCAAGAGAACAACCAGCCUCGUUCAAGUUCCAGUACUACAGCCAGCAGCAGCCCCAGCACUGUCAUCCAUGGAGUGAAUCAUGAGUCAGCAGAUUCAGCAGAAAUGGAAGAGAAGUUGGUUGCUGGAUUUUCAAACCAUCUCCCUUCCUUGCCACUGCAACCAAGCUUUCCCAAGAUAAGCUUGGAUCGUCGUGAGAGCGACAGCGCAGCUGGCAGCAUGAGCUCCUCAGAAGGGGUGGUGAGGAAGCGAGAGUAUGACAAUCCGUACUUCGAACCGCAGUAUGGUUUUCCUACAGAGGAUGAAGACGAUGAGCAGGAAGAGAGCUACACCCCAAGAUUUAACCAGAAUCUCAACGGAAGCAGGUCUCAGAAGUUACUCCGUCCAAACAGUUUAAAACUGGCCAAUGAUUCUGAUGCAGAUUCAGAUUCCAGGGCCAGCUCCCCAAACUCUACUGUCUCCAACAACAGCAGUGAAGGUUUUGGGGGCAUCAUGUCUUUUGCAAGCAGCCUGUACAGAAACCACAGCACAAGUUUCAGUCUGUCCAACUUAGCGCUACCAACCAAAGUUGGGAGAGACAAGAAUACUCCCUUUCCCAGCCUAAAAGUAUUUGGGUUAAAUACUAUAAUGGAGAUUAUUACUGAAGCUGGCCCAGUAAGCAAUGAAGGAAACAGGCGAGCCCUUGUGGAUCAAAAGUCUUCAGUCAUUAAGCACAGCCCAACAGUGAAGAGAGAAUCUCCAUCGCCUCAGGGACGAACUACCAAUUCCAGUGAGAACCAGCAGUUUCUGAAGGAGGUGGUACACAAUGUUCUUGAUGGGCAAGGUGUUGGCUGGCUGAACAUGAAGAGAGUCCGACGUCUGCUGGAGAGUGAGCAGCUCCGUGUCUUUGUACUAAGCAAGCUGAAUCGCACGAUCCAGUCAGAAGAAGAUGCUCGACAGGAUGUCAUACAGGAUGUGGAGAUCAGCCGCAAGGUUUAUAAAGGUAUGCUGGAUUUGCUGAAGUGCACCGUCUUGAGCCUGGAGCAGUCAUAUGCAAAUGCUGGCCUGGGAGGCAUGGCCAGUGUAUUUGGCCUGCUAGAGAUAGCACAUACUCACUAUUACAACAAAGAACCAGAAAAGAGAAAACGAAGUCCAACGGAUGGAUCUAUCACUCCAGUUGGCAAGGAUCCUGCAUCAUCCCCAAGAGUGGAGCCAAAACCUGCAAUGCAGCUGCCGGUACCUCAGCUGAUGCCAAAGGCACCGAGCCCUGCAGGCAAAGGGCCAAGGGAGUUUGACACAAGGAGUCUAAAGGAAGAAAAUUUUAUUGCUUCCAUUGAAUUGUGGAACAAGCACCAGGAAGUGAAAAAGCAAAAAUCUUUGGAAAAACAGAGGCCAGAAGGUGUGAAACACUUUGAUUUGGGAGAAACGGAUGAGAAAAAAUCCCAAAUCAGUGCAGACAGUGGCCUCAGUUUGGCCUCAGGUUCUCAGAAGAGUGAUUUUGACUCUAUUCCCAGCGGAGGACCAGCAGUUAUGGUCCGAAGUACAAGCCAGGAUUCUGAAGUUAGCACAGUGGUUAGUAACAGUUCCGGAGAGACAUUAGGAGCAGACAGUGACUUGAGUAGUAAUGCUGGUGAUGGCCCGAGUGUGGAAAAUGGUGGCAAUUUGGCAGGAUCCAGAGGCACUGUGUCAGACAGUGAAAUUGAGACAAACUCUGCUACUAGCUCUAUCUUUGCAAAGUCUCACAACCUGAAGCAGAGUGUGAAGGAUAGCAAAGGCAGUACUCCAGGGAGAGGUCCAGAGGAUGGGAACCAACGUGUCUAUCUCUAUGAAGGACUUUUGGGUAGGGAUAAAGGAUCUGUCUGGGACCAGUUAGAGGAUGCUGCAAUGGAAACCUUCUCUAUGAGCAAAGAGCGUUCAACUUUGUGGGACCAGAUGCAGUUCUGGGAAGAUGCUUUUUUGGAUGCUGUGAUGUUAGAAAGAGAAGGAAUGGGGAUGGACCAGGGACCUCAGGAGAUGAUUGACAGGUAUCUUUCCCUGGGAGAACAUGAUCGAAAGCGUUUGGAGGAUGAUGAGGACCGCUUGUUGGCUACGCUGCUGCAUAAUAUGAUUGCUUAUAUGCUUAUGAUAAAGGUGAACAAGAAUGAUAUUAGGAAAAAGGUGCGUCGUCUAAUGGGAAAAUCGCAUAUUGGAUUGGUGCACAGCCAGCAAAUAAAUGAUAUUCUAGACAAACUUGCCAAUCUGAAUGGACGGGAACUCCCUGUGAGACCCAGCGGCAGCCGCCACAUCAAGAAGCAGACUUUUGUAGUACAUGCUGGGACAGACACAACAGGCGACAUAUUUUUCAUGGAGGUAUGUGAUGACUGCAUUGUGCUGAGAAGCAACAUUGGAACUGUGUAUGAACGUUGGUGGUAUGAGAAACUCAUCAACAUGACUUACUGUCCCAAAACAAAAGUGCUGUGCCUCUGGCGGAGGAAUGGUCAGGAGACACAACUGAACAAGUUCUACACAAAGAAGUGUCGGGAAUUAUACUACUGUGUAAAAGAUAGUAUGGAGCGAGCAGCAGCAAGACAGCAAAGCAUUAAACCAGGCCCUGAGUUGGGUGGUGAGUUCCCUGUGCAGGAUAUGAAAACCGGUGAAGGAGGUCUUCUUCAGGUCACACUGGAAGGAAUUAACCUGAAAUUUAUGCACAGUCAGGAGCGGAAGGUUUUCAUAGAGCUGAAUCACAUUAAAAAGUGCAAUACUGUGCGAGGCGUCUUUGUCCUGGAGGAAUUUGUUCCUGAAACUAAAGAAGUGGUGAGCCACAAGUACAAGACGCCAAUGGCUCAUGAGAUCUGCUACUCCGUGCUGUGUCUCUUCUCUUAUGUGGCUGCCAUUCGUGGAAAAGAGGCAGAAAACAAAAGCAAACCACCUCGACCGGUUUCCAGUUGAUCACGAUAUUGGGGAAAUACCUACCCUUUGGCACGUUGACGUGCAGUACUCCUGUUUUUACUGCAGUUACUGGAGCUCACUUUACUGUCUUCUAUAAGAACGUGAUUAUUCAUGUAUGAGCCUGCAAGUCUUUCCCCAUAGAAAAACCUAAGACUUCACUGUUCAGUCUCCUUCUGAAUUCAUCCUUAAUGGAGUUUUUAUAUGAGCUGUUAAUCAGACAGUUUUGAGCAUCAGCAUCCAGCUGUGAGUGACCUACUCUGGCCAUUCCUUUGGAAUUUCUUUUUUCUUAAAACAACUAACAGCUUGAGUUCAGUUGUUUUUUUGUUUCUAGUGGCACUUGUUACAGAUUAAUCACUUUACAACUGCAGGCUUCUGCUUUCAGAUUUUCUGGUAUGUGCACAGUGGAAGCAGUCUGGUCCUGCAUGUUGUUUAAAUGUAGUGUUUUUAUUGUUUUCCUUCUGUGUUGUUCAUUUUUACCCACCAACAUGGAGUUCUUGUCACAUAGUUCUUCAGACCCUUUUGGUAGAGAUGAACAAUUUAGCUACCGUUGUCUUAAAAUAUCAUGUGACAAUUGAAGUUUGGCUAUUAAAUUGGUCUACCUGUGGAGAUGACUGUUUCUCAAGUGCGAGAAGAAGUGGAAAGAGAAACUUUGAAGGCAGUGUAUUGUGAAAAACCCUGACACCUCAUGGAUUGUUUAUAUUUUCAAAUGGGAGUUUAGGUAACACUUGUAGCUAUCCCAGCAGCAGAGUUAACAGAUGCAUAGAAGCACUACCUAAAGCAGUUAAUCACAGGGAUUAGGAAGUUAAUAAGGAAAUGUAAAACUUGGAAACACUAUUGGCAGAAGCACAUGGGAGACCCAUGUCUUUUGGGGUUUGUAACUGUAGUCUACAGAAGGUAUUUCUAGAGCAAUCUGUAGAACGUGUUCAGAAGCCCAAAGGAUUAUGCUGUCUCCAGAUUUUUUAAGCUAUUGCUUUUUUCCAAUCUGUACCUGUAUAUCAAGGAAUCUUGCAAAUACUGUGUUAAUGUAUAAUGAAACUCCGGCAGUUAAAACUAUCCAUCACACUCCUUAUUUAAGUAGGCCGAGUAUGAAUGUUUUUUGCUGUUUUUGUUCUUGAACUGUACUGCACUUGUCUGGAAAGCUCUUAGGAUGCUGGGAGGAGAGACUGUCUAGAGAAAAUAAUGUUACAUGUAAAAUACCUGGAAAAAAAUGCUCUGAUGUAUGUUUUGACACAGAAUUCUGAGUAAAUGCACCCAGAAAUAACCCUGUUUUGGCUUGGUCAGGGUGUCUACCGUUUUGAAUGGAAUACAUUAGUAAUGGGUGA